CACAAUUUGAAACAGUCAGAGUUUGCGUUUUUCUUCUUCGCGAGUCCUCAUCAGUAUCACAGUAUCAUUUUCUCCGUGAAAUUGUUGUUAAAAUAAUGUGAAAUAAAGUGUUUUCUGGUGCUCAAUAGUUAAUACUCAAGCGGGAGAAUGACACUGUGGCGAAUAAAUGUGGCUGAGUGGUCAUCUGACCAAGUUGUAGACUGGCUAAAAGGUUUGGACAAUUCCAUGUACCAUUAUGUGAAUUCGUUCACAAACAACGAAGUUGGUGGCCAGGAGCUCCUCAGCAUCCGACCCUACAUUCUGGAACAACUGGGCAUGUAUUCAAUCAGCCAUCAGGAAAUUGUCCUAGAAGCUGUGAAACUCCUGAGGAAUUUCCAUUACAAUUUAGACAAAGAAAAUCUUCAGUAUUUGGCACUCCAAGUGGCUUCUCAAGCGUGGAGUCUUCAUAAGCAAUUGACUUAUUGCAAAGACAAGAAUGUCAUUGAGACAAAUAUUCUCAAAGAAGUCACAAAUACUGUAGCUACAAUAAAGCCCCUGAUUGGGUGGCUAGAUAGGGCUCCAUUUAAGGGGCAACGUCAAUUCAAUGAGAUUCGAACACAAAUGCUUCGUUUGGGCCUUGAGAUGGCCACAAGUGCUCAUCGGGAUAGAUUUGCCGAUGAGCCGGUCAAUCAGAUUCAGACCAAUGCUGAGAAAUUGGCCAAAUUGGCAGAUUAUAUCAUUCAGGAUAUUUCUGAUCCCAUGCUCCUUCAGCCAGCGAGUUUGUUGCUCGUGACGCUGAAGAAGAAGGAAUCAGAGAUGGGAUUCAAUCUAAUGCCUGAUGUUCAUGGUGCUCACAAGAUAACGGACAUUCGAUACAAUUCUCCAGCUCAUUUGUCGGGGAAAAUUGAGGAGGGAGAUGAAAUUGUUCAGAUAAACUAUCAAACAGUUGUAGGAUGGCAGCAUAAGAAAGUUCUGCUGCAACUUCAUGAAUCCAAGCCAGAUGUUCUGUUGACACUCAAGAAGCGUCCUAAACAUAUGAAGAUCUACGGACAGAUCUAUAUGAAGCCCUAUCGCUUGCCGAGCAAGAAACGUGCCAUGCACUACAGAUGGGGCGAAACUCUGCCAAGCCCAAGGGCUGAACUCUUCUCCAUCAACGAUCUUCCUUUGCCACUUUCCCGCCCAAUUGAGAAGCAUGCCAGUGAUUCGGAUUCCGAUAGCAAUGGCAGUGAUAUUUUAACUCCAACUGAACCCAAGGCUCCAAAUGCUGAUCUUCCGCUGUUCCUGCAGAAGCCACGGCCAGUGCUGCAGAGGAGGAAUACAAUUUGUGGUGAUCAGACUUCCAGCUUCAAAAAUCUGGGAAAUGUGGUGUUCUGGCAGGAACGUAAAGAUAAAUCUGUGUCUUUUGGCCAUGGAUUGGAAAUCACCCCACGGCCAAAUACCUUCAUGGCUCUCAAGGGAUCGCUCCCGGAGAUCAUGUCAGAGAAAUGUGGAGAUGACCGGGUUGACCUGGAUAGGAAGGAGAGUGAGAAGCAAGGGGACACGGAGAAGGAUGAGGAUGGCGCUAGACGAAGUGGAGUGAGCAAAGUUGUACGAUUCGAUGCUGAUCUUCAAGAGUUUGACUCUGAAAACAAUUGCACUUUCAACGUGGACAACACUGUAAUUGAGACUUUUGAACCAAUUCCCUAUGCCGAUGAAGAUGUCCUGACAUCUCUCGAUUGUGGGAAUAUUGAACAGAGUCACAUGGCUACUAAAAUGACUCCAGAAAUGGGAGUUGUUCAGGCUAUAAAUACGGCCUUGAUCAAUAGCAGGGAGAGUCUGAGGAAGACCCUGGAGACACGAGCUUCCACGUCCACUUGUGAGUCCAGUGAUGACGAUGAUGUUCCUCCGGCAAUUGAGCCACGGAAGGAAUUUCUCCAGACAACUCCUCCGGCUCCACCGCCGCGUCCCAAGAAGAAUUUGGAUCCAUCGGGGGCGGCAGCGGCAGCGGGGGGUUUUAUCAGGGCGGGGAAUGGGUCAAAGGCAAGUGGAGUGGAUGAUGUGAAGACAAAAGUGGCUACUGUGGUUGAUUUGAAGUCCAGGGAGGCGUGUCAGAGUGUUGCUGAGGUGGUAAAUCAACAUAGAGUUGUGAUGCCUCAGCCGGCUCCUCCGCCAAAGCUGCCUACAAUGAGGCAUUUUCGGGAGGAGCCAUUUGAGGCUCUGGAGUUAUUUACGCCGCCCAAGACAAAGGGAUUGACGCUGAAGAAGAAAAAUUCGAUUCUGGCCAAGAGAAGGAGGGUGACACUGAAGUGUUUGACGGUGAGUGAUAUACAGGGGCAUCUGUACAGGAGGACAAAGGAUAAGAGUGGAGCGGCUUACUGGGCUAAAGGGUAUUUUGUUCUGGUGGAUACGGCACUGUAUGGAUUUAGGACGAAGGAUGCCGGGAAGGCUAAUUGUUUGAUCUUUCUGUCGGGCUUUACAGUGUCACUGGCCAAUGAGGUUCACUCCAAGGCAAAUGCCUUCAAAGUCUAUCACACUUCCAAGACUUUCUAUUUUGCCGCUGAGACACCCGAAGCGCUCAGUCAGUGGAUGGAAUUCAUCCGGAAUGCUGCCAUGAAGGGAAAUCCAGCCAUUGGACUGAACACUGAGGUUGAUCUCAAGGAGAUCUUUACGGAAACGGACAGUUCUGACGAUGAUUCGGAUUUGGUGACAAGGGGAGGUUUUGCAUAUGGGGGAAGUACGUCAAAUGUCAUGAGUUCGAGUUUGGGGAAGGGUGGGCAGGAGGAAGGGACCACGCCGGUGUCCACGAGUAAACAGGAAAAGUAUCAUUUGGGAUUUGGAUCACUGAAGAAAUUUACCAAGUCAAAUUUGCCAUUUACAAAGAGUGGAGAAAAAAAGUCAUCUCCGGACAUUCCUACGCCAACGGCACAGUUCAGGAGUUACCGGAAGGUGGUGAAUCAGGACGUGAAGCCAGUUGUGCAGAUUCCGGCGGUUUGUGUCGAAGUUCAGCCAGUUUCAGCACCACAAUCCAAGACAUCUUCAGUUGUCCAGGCUGAGAAAGGCGUUUCUGGAGGACUCAGCCCAAAUCCCGAGGAAUCCGUCUCGGCACUGAUGACCAAAAAGGCCAGGAGACCAGCACCGCUCAAUUACAUUCAUGCCUCAAAUCCCAAUCUUGUGGAUUUUGACUUUCACAUGUCCAAGACAAUUGACUUUGCCGUGCCCAAGAUUAAUAACACGUGGGAUGGUCAGCACAGUCUCCAGGGCUUCAUGACCCUCAAGGAUUUGAUGUUGCAGAAGCAGGCUGAGGAUGCCAAGGAAGUGUACAACAAUAGGGUGUUCCUGGGCAUGGAGAAGAAGGAAGAACGGGGAGUGAGAAAGAAGAUCCGGAAGAAUAGUCGAGAUGUGGACAAUGCCACGGGAAUGGGAAAGGUUCACAAUGAAAAUCCCAAAAUUGACAAAAUUCAGAGCCGGAGUUUACCCAAGACACCGGAUUAUGCUCAGAGUUUCAAGCCAGAUGAUGUGGAUAUAAUAAUGACGAGGAGCAAGGAAGGUUUAAAACUUCGAGAUUUUGGGUAUGAAUUCAUUUCGGGGGAUGAUCCACAAGAUCCGGGAAAACAGAAGGCUGAAGCUGAGAAGACAUGGCCAAAGAGGUCAGAUAAAGUGAGUCCAACUGUCACGAGUUGGUCAAAGAAGAAGGGCAAUUGGAUAAUUUCCAGUGAGAAAAAGGUGGAUGAGGAGAAAAAUACAAGAUCCGGUGGGAGUUUUAAGAAAUUCAAACCAGGAAAAUUUGACAAUAUCCUCACGACAAGUGACAAAAUGUUCUCCUUCAAGCAUGCCGAAAAGGAGGCUCAGAAGAUUCCGCUGAAACCCUUGGAAAAAUAUGCCGUUCUCAAACCUGUUUCUUCCUAUUCCCCCGUCACGCUGCCACAUGGCAAGAAAACCAAUCUGCAAGUGUCAGGAAUGACUUCAGCAGAUUCCAAGAAGAUGGGAAUGCUGCGGAAUGAUCUGAAAGAGAAUUUUAGUGGGGAUUCAGGAAGGAAAUCGAGUGUAGAACGAAGUGCUUCGUACUUUACCAAGUUGUCUUUCAGCAAUACAAAAGGGGGAGCCAAAGAGAAGAAACUUCUGGGUUCUCCAAGGCUCCAUAGAGCUCUGUUUGGUAGACAAAAUUCCACAGAUAGCAACAGUAUCUUCGAAACAAUCACCUUCCCGGCUACAACUUCUGGGAAUUCUCCCGUUGAGCCUCCAGCUCUAUUCCCACGGAAUCCAUCGACAACUUCCAGCAAUCCGAGUGGUCAGCAGAGCAAUGCUCAGUCUCCGGAUUAUCCCAAUUUGGAGUAUCCACCGGUGUUUGAGCCUGAGACUUAUUCCCUCAGUGAUCCCAGCACAAGUCUCACUCUGCUGCGCCGGAGGAACAAUAAGAACAAGUGAAAAGGUGUGCUUCUAUUGUGAAUUUAUUGGUGUCUUCUUGUAGCGAUGCCUUCUGCAUUUUAGUAUUCUCAAUCCGCAAUAAAAUGAGACUAUUCCUCCUCAAUUUGAUGGAA